AUGGCGGAUACAAUAGACACGGCCAAGCUGGCCUUGAUCUCCCAAGGGGAGGCAUAUGGCAUGCUCAUUGGCUUGAGCGUUGUGUUUUGUGGUGUCAUUCUACUAGCCGUGAAGGUGCAAAAGGCUCAUUUGGCUGAGGACUCCGGAAAGUCGGAAAUGUUCAUGGUCGCAAACAGAACAGUUGGUCGAGGACUGACAGCGAGUGCUGUGUUCUCAUCCUGGAUGUGGAUCAACGAAACAGUGCUAUGCGCUAGUAUGUGUUAUCGUUACGGCUUGGCUGUACCUUUGUGGUGGGGAUCUGGCUUGUGCUUCCAGAUUGCCUUGAUGGCAGCACUUGGCGUGAUGGCCAAAAUUCGAGUUCCGUAUGCACAUACCUCUCUCGAGGUAGUGCGUAUGCGAUAUGGAAAGAUUGGACACUUGAUCUUCAUUGUGCUCAACCUCGUGAACAACGUUUUUGGUUGCGCUUCGAUGAUUAUGACCGGCUCACAACUCAUUCACGGUAUCUCCAAUAUGCACUACGUUGCAGCUACCAUUCUCAUUCCGCUGGGAGUGGUUCUCUAUACGGCCGUUGGUGGCUUGAAGGCCACUUUCUUGACCGAUUUCUUACACACAGCAAUCGCAUUGAUCCUCAUCAUAUAUUUCACGAUCGCAGUUCUGACCGAUUCACAUGUCGGUGGACUGGGUGGUUUAUACGACAAGGUUGUCGCAACAGCAGCAGACAACUAUAUUCCUGAAAAUUACCAAGGCUCACUCCUCACUUUCAAAUCGAAGGGUGCGAUUAUUUGGGGGCUGAUUCUCAAAUUUGGUAACUUGGCUCUCGUCGUCAUGGAUACUGCAUUCUGGCAGAAGUCAUUUGCAACAGAGGUGAAAGCCACAGUGCCCGGUUACAACAUUGCUGCAUUGGCCGUCUUCGGUAUUCCAUGGGGUUUGGGAACCGUCAUCGGCUUGACAGCACGCGCCAUCCACCAGACCCCCAUCUUCCCAACGUACCCUGGAACACUUACUGCCACCGAGGUCAGCUCGGGAAUGGUGAUGCCAUAUGUCAUCAAGGCUCUCAUUGGAAACAAGGGUAUCAUUGGAUUCUUCUUCCUGCUCUUCAUGGCAUUGACAUCCACUAUUUCCUCUUCGAUGAUCGCCGUCAGCAGUAUCCUGUCUUACGAUAUCUACAAGACCUACAUGAACCCUAGGGUCACAGACAAACAACUUGUUCGAGUCAGUCACUUGACUGUUGUCAUCCAUGGUGUUUUCAUCACGGGUAUUUCUAUCGCCCUGAACUACGGAGGUGCCAACAUGACAUGGAUUGGGUAUCUCCGACCCAUCAUCUCCUGUCCAGGAAUCUUACCUCUCAUCUUUACUCUAUUCUGGUCUCGACAAACCCGACUGGCUGCAAUCGUCUCCCCGAUACUCGGCUUUUUCACUGGCCUCGCUGUCUGGCUGGCGACAACCAAGUCAAUGUAUGGCCACAUCAACAUCACGACAACUACGAACAACUAUCCAGCCUUGUAUGCUGCAAUUGCAUCUUUCUUUUCGCCGGCCAUAUACUCAGUGGUCCUGUCACUCUACAAGCCGUACACGUUUGAUUGGAGAGAGUUCUUGCGGAUUGAGUUGGCCGAUGAAGCAGAGAUCCAUCCGCCCUCAGACACUAGUACUUUGAACGAGGGCAGCGAGGACGAAACCUCUCACAACGACAAAGCUGUCAGUGGGUCAGUCAAGCCGGUCUCAGACGUGGAGCCCAAGGCCGCUGAGAAUGACCCCGAGAAGAUUCCCGAAAACAGUGAGCAGGCGCUGGCCGCUUCAGCGGCCCGUGUGGCUAGUCUCAGUCUUGACGACAUUCGUCAUCCAUUUGACGAUGAGACGCUCAAAGAGCUGCACAGGUGGCUCAAGAUCGCUUGGUACAUGUUUGUGGGAGUUGUGCUGGUGACUUUUGUCGCCUGGCCGCUCCCUCUUUACCGCGACUACAUUUUCACGAAAUCAUUCUUCGCUGGCUGGGUCACGGUUGCUAUCAUUUGGCAAUUUGCUGCGUUCGCUGCCGUCGUGAUUUACCCCCUUUAUGACGGACGACAAGAUAUUGCGAUAGGUGCGAGGGGCGUAUGGGGCUCCUCUAAGAAGUACCUUGGAAUUAAAAAGACAAACUAG